ACUGGCCAGUUGGAAGCAGCAGAGGGAAUCUUGGUUCAUUAUCAUCACUUUGAAACUACUGCUCUCAUGGCCUCUCAUGGAAAAGUGUAGGCAUCAAACUCAAAAUUGAUUUUGCGAUAACCAGCUUUCUCAGGUUUUCCCUGAAUCAGAUGAACCUUAGUUGAAGUUUCUGAUGGCUUCUGAUGAUGAUGCUAAAGAAUCAUUGCUUCCAGAUAUGAAAGAUCAUUCUCAUCUCAAUGAAAAGAAUAACCUCCAGAGAAGAAGAGAAAAUGGGGUGGAAUAUCCUUUACCUUUUGAAUCUAUAUUUGUGAAACAACAAUUUAGUAUCAAGCAUGUGGUUGUUUUGUUGGCUGCCUACCUAGGUGGAGGCACCCUUUGUUUCUUCCUCAUCAGGCAUCAGAUCAAGGGCAAAAAAACAAGUGGGAUUCUUGAUGCCAUUUACUUCUGUGUUGUUACAAUGACCACUGUAGGAUAUGGGGACCUUGUGCCAGAAACCAUAUUGGCAAAACUACUUGCAUGCAUUUAUGUCUUCACAGGCAUGGCUCUUGUGGGGCUGAUUCUCAGCCAGGCAGCUGAUUACGUGGUAGAAAAGCAGGAAAUCCUUGUAGUUAGAGCCAUUUACAUGCGUGGAAAAGUCAGUCCAGAUGAGAUUCUUAAGGAAGUCAAAACCAACAAAAUUAAAUACAAAUUUAUUUUGGUGGGGUUUCUUCUUCUGGUGCUUAUUGUUGUAGGAACUGUCUUCUUAUUUGUUGUUGAAGAAUUGAGCUUUAUGGAUGCAUUCUAUUGUGUUUGUUCAACAAUCACCACUCUGGGGUAUGGGGAUGAGAGCUUCUCAACUGCAGGAGGUCGUAUUUUUGCUAUUUUCUGGAUGCUGGGCAGCACCAUUUGCUUAGCACAGUUCUUUCUCUACCUUGCUGAACUAUACACUGAAAGAAGGCAUAGAUCAAUGGUGAAAUGGGUUCUUUCACGAGAAUUGACAUUCUCGGAUCUUGAGGCAGCUGAUCUUGAUCGUGAUAAAGUUGUUAGUGCUGCAGAGUUUGUCAUAUAUAAGCUGAAGGAAAUGGGGAAGAUUAGCAGCGAGGAUGUUUCACUUGUGAUGGAGACAUUCAAGAGACUUGAUGCUGAUCAAUCUGGCUCUUUGACCAAAUCUGAUCUUAGGCUAUCGCAAUCAUCCCAAGCUCAGAUCUGACAAACAUAAUCUUUUAAAGUUGAUAACUCAGCCCUUUUAUAAUUUCUAUAGUAACUUAUAAAAUAAGUUGAGAUCUUUUCUAUUGGUGUGUUA